AUGUGCGGCAUGGGAGAGGAAAGGUGGCCGAGAAUAGUCUGGGAGGCGAAGUGGGAAAACAAGGGGAGGGGUAGACAACCCACGGAGUGGGUCAAGGUUGUGGAUGACGUGUGGAAAGGGUUCGAAAUUGACAAAGACGAUACGCUGGAUACGGAGGGUCUAGGAGGGGGGUACCUACAUGGACCCAUGGAUGCAGGGACAACGCUAAAGGUCAAAUUCAGGACCGGGGACAUCGGCCUUCGAGAACGUAGCCGAAGACUUCACAAGGCAGACGAUGAAGACGCCAAGUUCAAAUGUGAUUGCGGCUCCGAGUGCGAAAACCGUGUUCAUGUAGUCGCGGAAUGUCGGCUGUACAAGAAGGAGAGGGAAGUGUCCAUGACUGAGCUGGGAAAAGUAGAAGAAAAGUACAGGGAGAUGUUUUGA